AUCCACUUUUCCUUAACAAACACACUAAAUUAGACGCCUUCUGUUAAAUAUGUAUUCACUAUAUAACUCCUUCACUUAUAACUUCUUAUAGUCUAAUAACUGUGUACAUAGAUAUAUAACUGUAUUACCUGUUAUAUCCCCACCUACAUACGUUCACAACUAGUUGUUAAUGAAUAAUCUUCCCCCACAAAAAUAAAUAAAAAAACACUCACUCUCAGACGCUUUGCCAGUGUCGUCCGCUCACUUGCUUUCCUGCCGCACCGCCCACCGAAGUGUUCGUUUCGCCAUCGACAUCGCCACCGCCACCGCACAAGUGCAAAUUCAUUCAUUUCAUUGACAAAUGAAAGCAACACAAACACAACGCCAAUGUGAAAAAAAUAUAUAAAUUAUAUUCAGCAACAUUUAAAGCAGCAAAGCAGCAAAGCAGCAAAUAUGCGGUGUACAUGAGUGGAACAACAAUGCAAAAACAAAAAAAAAAACAGCAAAAAGAAAAAAACAAAAACAAAACGACAAAGCAAUAAAACGAUUGUAAACGAGAAAAAUUGGAAUGAAAAUAAAGCAAUAAAAUCGGUGAAACAACAAAAUGUAUAAUAAUAACGCAACGAUCGAGAAAGCGUAACAAAAAUAGCCGAGAAAAAAACAAAAACAAUUUGCAAAAGCAAAAAACACUACAAAGGCAUGCGAGAAAGCCAACAUUCAUACAUACUUACACACACAUACAUAUAUUGUAAUGUAUGUGUGUAUAGUAUAGGAAUUAGUUAGUUAAUGAUAAAACACAUUCGCGUAUACUAUUUAUCCACAUAAUAAUCUAUGUAAUCCGGCAAUGAAAUAAUUGAAAAAUCGCGCGGGAGCAAUGGAGACUGACUGCUGGCGAGGGUGCCACAUAGUGGUAAUGAAAAACGGAAAUAGUCGAUCUAGAGGCUGCAGAGCAAAAGCGCGCAUAUGAUGCCAACAACAACAACAACAUAUGUAGUAUGAUUAGUUGGUGACUUGUGCUACCAACCCCACAUGUACUACGAUCAUUAAGGGGGACUAUGCCCGUCAAACUAUGAGACUAGGUCUGUUAGAGUUCGCCAACAACACGGUCAUUUGCCAACACGACCCCCAACGCUAACACAUGUCUAGCGUUUUGUGUUUUAGUAGUUGGAACAUUGUUACAACAAUAGUCGUCAUUAAUUUGUACGUCCGCCAUGUGCCCCGUUCGAAAUGUGGACCACGCUUGGCUAACAAGCCACCACAGCUGUCAUUGCGUACGCGAUCCGGUUCGCGAUCCCUCCCUACACAGCGUACGAUGCGCCGCGAUGAACAACAUGAAGACGGCGGUGCAGGCAGCAGCAGCAGCCGCCGCAACUCGACUUAACUAAAUAAGCUAGAGUGCAUGCGGUCACAUAAGCCCACAUCGCCACAUAUGUAUAUUUGUAUGUAGACAUGUUGAUAUGUAUGUAGAUAUGUAUAAGCUACAUAUAAAAUAUGCAGAGUUGUGCGAUUUAAGCGAGUUAGCGAUUCACUGUUGAUGAUCCUCAGCUGAAUAGUCAACUGCGAUCGUGUAGAUCGUAAAAGCAAACAUGAAAUUAUACACGCACGCACAUACAAAUGCUACUAUGUACAUAUGUAUAUGUAUGUACGUAUGUAUGUAUUUAUGUAUUUAUGUAGGCGCAAGUGUGUAGUGUGUUCUUAGCGAAAUUGAAAGCGCAAAAAUUGCCCAUUCAGUUCAUUCAGCAUUCAAGCGCUGCGAAUAUAGUGAGCGCGACAGCGGAUGAGGACGAUCAACACGAUUAACAACACGAUCAUCAGUUUGCAAAGCCACAACCACACACGCACGUAUGUAUAUGCACUACAUACAUACAUAUGUUUAUGAGAGCGUGUGUCAGCAUGCGGCAUACACAUGCUCACAUUGAGAUCACUCGAACACACGCAUACGCAGUCAUACAAAUCCAAAUACAUAAUCACUACUCAACAUAUGCACAUAAUGGCAUACAUACAUACAUACAAACAGCCACACAAUUGUACAAACAUGCAUGCGUAGUUAGAGGCAAUGGUGUGCCGCUGGUCCAACUAUCGACCCGAUACGUCGACUUUUAUUGCUGUCAGUUGGUAAGUUCGUCUACAUAUACGCCCCAUACAUACAUAUAUACAUACGUACAUAUGUACAUAUAUGUAUGUUUGUAUGGCUGUUUAGACGCUCAUCCGGCCCCAUCCGUUCGCCUAAUUACAUACAUGUGCACUCUGAAUGUCGUCUUCCAACAAACAACACAGGCACACACAAAUCCGAGCAACUGCCGACGGACCGACCAACCAACCGACCGACCGACCGACCGUAUAAUGGCUGGCCGCUCGAUCACUCGGUUCUUGCUGCCACAGCAAAAAUUUGAGAAUGAAAAAUUCGUUCAAUUAACAAAAACGAAAUAAUAAAAAAAAAAGAAAAGCAAAAAGCAAGAGACUCGAAAAAAAUAAAGAAAAAUGUUCGAAAAAAUACGCAGAACCAAGGAAGAAGAGGCAAAAGCAAGAGAUAUUCCAACGGCAGCGGAAAAUCGUAUUCAAGCAAAACUUCUGAGCCAUUUGCAUUUAUUUAUGAAUGUAUGUAUGUAUGUAUAUAUGGACAGGGCGAAUUGGGUACGUAUUUCCAGCGAAUUGCUCAUGCUUGUUUACAUACAUACAUAUAAACACGCAGUGAUAUAUCUACAUACAUGCAUACAUCCUAUGGAUUUCAAUGUAAACAGGUAUGGUGUACUGGGGGCACCUCGCCUGGCACGAUCAACACCGCACGAAGUACUUUCAUUUCAUUUCAUAAAAUGGUAAACUUUUUGUUGCUGGCUAUCGACGUGAUCGUUCGAUGGCACCGGCAUUCAUUAAAUUUCAUUCAUUUUGAAAUGAAUUCGCCGCAAGUGGGCGAACGCCAACAUACCGACAAACAAGUAUGCAGUCGCUAAGCAAAAAGACCGGUAGUAGACACAGAGCACGACACAAACACAAUUGGAUUUAACGCUCAACGAGAGUCCACCUUGCAUAUGUGAGCGGCCACUGAGUCACUGACUCCACAGUUCCACACUCAGGCUCAGUUUUCAACUUAGACUCAAUAGACACUCACCCCCUUUUUGAGUGCUUCGACGCCAACUACUUAAAUGACUCAAUGACAUAGUACUCUCCGCGCUCAGUGUACGAGUAGUUAUGCUCCGGCUCCUAUACGUAUGCAUCGGUACUCUUCGCCCGCUGUGUCGGUGAGCGCUGCAGUUCGUGUGUAGUGUCCGUACGUGUCGGCAAUGCUUUGUUGGUAUAGGUGAUGGAUAGAUGGCAUGUGGGCAUUAGCAGCGAGAAGGCAAAAAUUUUGUCGGUUGACGGCUCGUCGCGCACAUUAGCGUAGUUCAUUUCGCUUAAAAAAGUUUGUGAGUUAAAAACUCGUCAAACGUAGCGCUCGUCGUGCGAUCAGACUAUAAGCGUGUGGAACGGAUCAAACGGUGCGGAUAUUUUCAAAACCAAAAUUUUUUCCUCAUGUAUUUUUCGUGUUCUCAGUUCGAAAGUAAAGACAACCAUUCAUUGAAAACAAAAUCGUUUUGAAUUUUCGAGAGAAAAAUAAAGACAAAUUAGCGAAAAACGGUGCCGUUACGAAAAUAUUCGAAUGAACUGUGCGAUGUGUUGUUGAAGGUGCAGUGCUAAUAUACGAAAAUCACAACAGUAAAGUGCGUUCGAAAAAGAUUAUAAUCAAAAAAUAUAUUUUUUCAAAAUCUUUAUGUUUUUGCGUAAGUUGUUCAGAAAUUCUACUGUGUGUGUUAAACAGUGGCGAAAGUAUUGAAAAGUGUGCGUGUUAAUAAUAUCCUGAAGAGUAUACUACUUACCUUCGGUGGGCUGUGGGUUGGAAAGCACGGCAAUAUUCUGGAAUUCAAAAAAAAAUAUAUAAAAAUAAAAAUCUUCUGCCUUCACUAAUAAUCAUGCUAAUCACUAAUUAUCAGCGAAGUUUCUAAUCUGUGCCUUUUGUAUGUAUAUUUUUAGAUACUUCCUCGGCUGGCAAAAGCCAAAGUUGAAGUAAUAUUCGCAGCUGAAUGGCAACAAAAAAGUGUGUGCAGAAAAGUGAAAACAAAACACAUGAAUUCACGCCAAAGAGAAACAGAGAGCAAUUCGAAAAAAUUGCCGAUUUAAACGAAAUUUUCAUAAUAAUAUUACGUGCACAUGCAUACAUACGUACGAGUACGUGUAGUACAUCCGAAAGAAGUACGUCGCGAGUUCUUACAUAUGUGAAAUUGAAAAUAUAAAUACAAAUUUAAACACAUAGUAUUCAAAAAGCCGUUAUCAGCAAAAAAAUUUUUUGCACAGCAAAUCAUUUAUGAAAACAGUGUCAAAGCAUUAUUGACACCAGAAAGCAAAGGCAAAAAAAAGGAAGAGAAAACAAAAAAGAAAUACGAAUGUGCCUGAAAAAAUAUUAAGUACAUACAUACAUACAAAAAUCGUGUCUCCAAUUUUACUGUUUCAAAUAAUUUCCACACGUCGCUGCAAAGAAAAGUGCAUAAAAAUAGAAAAAUUUCAUAGAGAAAUCCCAAUGUUGCGAAAAAGUUCAUAAAAUAGGGAUUGUGAAAAAAUAUCUAUUUCCUGCCGGAAGUUCAAAAAGUGUGUGUCUCAUUUGUACAAUUUUGAUUACCACUAAACACCAACAACAACAACAAUAACAACUUGUGAAUUUGUACUUUUGUAAAACAACGCCUGGAUUGCUUUUAACAUUUAAUAAAGCGAAUCAUUUCACUUUCAUCGCACUACGAAUUAUCAAAAACUUUACGUCGCAUCUGAGAGACUGAGAAUUUGACGAGCGUAUUCUUUGAUCUCCCACAAGAGCCGAACAAGAGAAUGAGGGAAACUGAUGGUCCACGGCUAGCGUACCGAGGGCAUUGAGGUUUCUCAAGCAAUAGUUUGCCACACUACAUGGAUCGUAGAAAUGGCGGCGAUAUUUUGGCGCCACCUCGGCCCCCAAAGCACUUACCGCGUGUACAUCGUCCUCGAGCACCCGAGCCAGAGACUAUGUUAAACGGUGCGCAAAUGCAACCGGAGUGGCAACAUCAACAACAACAGCAGCAGCAGCAGCAGCAGCGGGAACAAGAAGAACGACAGAAACAGCGGCAAAUGCCGACAACAACGUCGACGGCGACAGCAGCAACGAAUACGACGAGCACCGAAGUAACGCAAUGUACAAUUAGUAGUAACCAGCGAGAGCAACAGCAACAGCAACAACAACAACAGCCACAACAGCAUAAUUUUAAUAGCAACAUUUAUCCAAGUCAAUAUAGUAUUACGGGGGCCGAUCGUGGUGUCGGUACAAUUAGUCGAAAUGAUAGUGUUGCCACUAAUGGUGUUACAACAUUGAUGCAACCAGAACUCGAGGAUUACGAGAUUCAUCAUUUGACCAUACUGCCACAGCGGCCAACCACAUUAAAUCUCAGUCGGAACAGCAGUCACGUGAGCACCACAUCCUCAUCGACAUCAUCAUCGUCCAUAACCGCGGCGAAUACGUUUACACGCCGUCGACAAUUACCGCCUACCCCGGGUGCUGCUGCUCGACUACUUGUUAACAACAAUACGAACAACAACAGUAGCAGCAGUAGCGGCAGUAACAACGCGCGUAGCCAAUCGAACAACAACGGUGGCUUAAGUGGUGGCCUCACUGGUUUACUUAGUCAUUUCCAUAGCACCGAUCCAGCUGCUGCUUCAUCAGUCACGCUGGCUCAACCGCGACCCGAGUCCCAGAGGCUCACCAACGAGUACGUCGAUACUCCGUUCCGAAACGCUGCAGCAAAUGCUGGCCUACCGAAUCAACUGCAGCUGCAACAUGCAUCCCGCGCGCAACAUCCGGCGGGACAGCAUGAUGGUGGCCAGACGACAACGCACCAUCUGCUGUUGUUGCCACAGCGAGAGUUCCGUCAACAGCAACAGCAGCAACAUCAACACCAGGUACAUUCGAACCGCUUGGCGGGCACAGUGGCUUCGACGACCGUCACGGCGGGCAUCGAUGGCACGGACGGCUUCUUACAUUCGCAUCAUAAUCACAAAACGCCUAUGUCCACUGCAGCGACAACAACCUGUCCACACACUGGCAAGGUGAUUCCAGUCGCGCAAAAUGGGCAUAGCAGCAGCAGCGGUUUGGGCAGCUUCACCAGCUCACUGAACGCGCAACAGUCAUUCACUCCGGCAAUCACAAAACAACCCGCCUCAACGACCAGCCAAACUUCGCAAAUCGGCAGUAAUAAUUGCAAAUUUGCUAAAAAUCUUCCCGCGUUCGACGACUUGUUGACCAUGCACAACAUAGCGACGGGCAUUUCCACGCCACAGGGUAUGAUAUCCGCCGUGCACGGCGCCAGUCCGCUGGGCACGCCCAUCAUACUGGGCAGCAGCGGUGACACAUCCUCGCUGAAUCAACUGCUUUGCCCACGAUGCGGUCAUUGCCGUUGCGAACAGUGCCAAAGUCCACCCCAUCUGCCGCAAACGUGGCUCUGCAAUAAGACCUGCCUAUGCAGUGCCGAAUCGGUCAUCGAUUAUGUGUCGUGUCUGUGCUGCGCCAAAGCGUUAUUCUACCAUUGCGCACGCGACAACGACAUGGACUGCGAUGAUGGCUCCGGCACACCCUGCGUUGACAAUCCCUGCUCAUGCGGACCCUACAAACGUACGCAGCGUUGGGGUUGGCUGGGCGCACUAUCGCUCGUACUACCCUGCCUUUGGUUGUAUUGGCCCAUGCGCGGCUGCGUCUCGUUCUGUGAGAAGUGUUACGGACGGAUUGUAGGUCGUGGUUGCCGCUGUCAACAGACGGACUCGCCAACCAACAUUAUUCCGAUAUCACAGUUGGGCCUUAACGGUAACGGAAGCAGCGGCACAGCAAGCAUUUUAAGCGGCAACAAUGGUGGUUCCGAUUCAUUGAAAUCAGCCGAUGGACAUCAUCAUCAUAACCAUCAUCACCAUCACAAUCAUCAUAUGCGAAAGGGCGAUCUAACGCCCAAGAAACGACUGCUCGAUUCAAAUGGCGAAUACUAAAACGACAGAUAACGCAUGGGUAUAAAUAUAUCUAGAAAGUUAAAGUGUUAAGGGAAAACGCCGUUUAACUAGGGUACUACUUAUACAUACUCGUAUAGUACAAGUUGGAUCAGCAACUGAUUUCAACUGAAGAACCACUGCUGGCGGUGGGUUGUGGCGUGAGGCAGUCGUAGGGAAUAUGGGACCGUCGGAACGGUUCUAAAGGGUGGCGGUAGUAGGUCUAGUUUAACGAGCAAAAUCGGCUGAUUGUAGAGAAGUGUUAUUGACUGACAAUCGAGCAACAGUAUUUUAAUGUAAAAGAGCUUGCAUUUAGCGUGCGCAAUCGAGUUCCAAUCUCUCUCUCUCACUAAUUUUAACUCCUUCUUCCAAAAUUUUGUAAAAUUUUGUCUGACCGCUGAACAGGGUGUGAACGAAUCAGUGUUGCCACAUAGCGCCAAGCCUGCCGCGGCAGUUUCCUAGUGUUAGAAACAGCAGAGUAGACACAGCAAGGUAACAGAACGCAAAGAGUAACUGCAACAUUUUUACAAAAAAAAAAAAAACAAUGCAGAACGAAAUUUACUAAAUGAACUAAAAUGGUAAAAUAGGAAGUUUGAAAUGAAAUUAAAGGGUCGGUUAGAAAGUAAAAGAAAUGUGGGAAAUUCAUAAAUAAACUAUAUAUUUUAGCGUAAAACAUAAUAACCAAAGACUGCAAACAGAUAAUUAUUAAUUAUUAGAAGUGUUAUUUAAAGGGAAGUGAAAAGCGUGCUUUCUAAUUUUAACUGUUUAAUAUUUCAUGUGCGAGCGCAAUUUCAUUUUCAAUUUCGAUUUCGAUUUCAUUUUGCAAUUUUCCAAUUUUACUUAAACAAACAAAUCGUCAAAUAUACCGUAUUUCACUUUUUUUCAACAGGAAAUUUGAGUAAAAAAUUAACUUGAUUUCACCGUUUGAUUUCCUUCCUGAAACCUUUUGUUUCAUAAAUUUUUUUUUUUUAAUUUUUUUUAUAAAUUGUAAUUAUUUUUUUUUUUAAUUUUCUUUAAUGUUUUAUUUGUUCACCAUCUAAGUCAGGUCGUAGUGUCAGCAAUUGACAUUUAAUUGAAUACUUUAUAACAUAAUUCCAUUGUAAAAACAAAAUAAAAGUAAUUAAAUAAAAUACAAUUGUAUAUAAGAAAUCGUAAACCAGACGCUUUUAUAGAGUUGGAAACUGUAAAACUAAGUAAAACAAACGGAAAAAGAGUAUAUAAAGAAAGCGAGAGAAUAUAUGCGAAGUGCUGAAGUUAUAUAAAGGCAUGACUAAGGCAAGGGAGAGAAUGCUUUUGAAGUUACUCGUCGCUUAAAACGCUACAAGGAGGUCUCUUAGCUGUCAUGUCCACAUUUGAAUAAAAUACUUCUAAAUUUCGAUUUGUAAAUAGAUACACAAAUGUGAGCCUGUUACCUUGAGUAUUUGGCCGCUUUCCAAAAGUUCGACGGAAUUAUACACCCAUAUUCAGCAGUUUAACACUCCUUUUGAGCUAAACAGAUAAAAUAGAAUAGAAUAAAAAAAGCGAAAGAAAUGUUUGCGAUAAUAAAAAUCUCCGCAAAUGGUUAUCGUAUAUGUGCGAUGUAUUUCAAAAGCUAUUCGAUUUAUGAAAGCUACUUGCCUUUAGCGUUCUUUAUAGUCUUCGCAUUCGCAUUCAUGCAUUAUUCUUUUGAUUCCUACAGUCUAAAUGAAAAAAAGCGAAACAAAAAGCAAAAUAAGUAAAUUAAAUAUAUAUAAUAUACAUACGUACGCACACAUGCUUGCGUUUUGUAUGUAUGUAUGUGUGUGUGCAGAUAAAAAAUGAUGAACUUCGUAAAAUGUAUUUUAUAAAGGAAACUUUUUGUAGCGUAUACAAAAUAAAAAAAAAAAUGAGAAGAAAUAAGCAUAAAAAUAUAUAAAACAUUGCUCUUUACCAUGAAACAAGCGAAACAGCACACAGCACUAGCAAAUCAGUUAGUUUAAUUCCAGCAGUUUUUUUCAAAGCUCCGGAAGUAAUGAGUUUGCUUACAAAAAACAAGCUGAGUACUGAUUUGCAACUCUUGGACGCCGCGUUGGUUUUGUAGACGAACUAGCAGUUGUGAUCUUGGUUGCUAUACAUAUGUUCCUUAAGCUUUCACUUUCUAUAGCUUUAGUUUUCAAAAAGCUAAAUGAAAAUGUUCAAUUCCUUGUGAGUUUUCAAAAUGGUUUAUAUACUCGUAGAGAAAAAGUAAGAAGAGCUAGCGCUUAGCUAAUUGACAAAAGCUCAAACGAGCUUUAAAGCUUCAACGCGCUUUUGUCAAAUUUCAAAAACUGUUCAAAAACUGUUUAAUGGGCAUAGUUUUGGCAUUCUAGCUGUUGAAAAAUCAGUAGACUCACAAAGCAACAAAAAGCUCAAACUAAAGUUUUUCAAUUUAAGCUUUGGUUUAUAAAGCUUUUACAUUGAAAAGUAGCACAAUUCAGUCUCUUUUUAAAAUAUUACACUUUUAUCUUCGGUAGUUACCAUAGUUUCUAUAUUCACUAAAAAAAACACCAGAAGCCAACCGUGUUCCGUUGAAAAUUUGUAACCAACGCAUCUUGCGCAUUUUUUCUGCAGACUUCAAGCAGUAAAUAAAUAAAUAAUUGCAAAGACACAAGCUAAUUGAUGCGUUGCUGUUUCGCCGCAAAUACUGUCUGGUCCAUAGAUUAUAUCGAAAGUUAUAAGCACACAUACACACCUAAACUUACACAUACAUCCAGAGCCUUGCGAUUUUAAGUAAAAUGGCGUCACUUUCGUCACAAAAUUUAAACACCAAAUAAAUUAGGGGAGAAAAUUAAAAACAUAUAUGUCUACUUACAUGUAUGGUAAAUCUUAUUUUUAUACAAUUGAAAUUUUGUUUAUUUUAUACGAGGAAUACUAUUAUAAAAAAAUCCUAUAAUUGCUUGAACAAGUGUAAAAUAGUGUAUAUAUGUAUGUAAAAUGUGUGACGUAAAUUCUAAAUUAUUUACGAAGCGAAAUUAUUUUUUUUAAAUGAAAGCACUACACCUGCAAAUACCGUUAAAUGCCACUACUUUAUAUAUAUGUAUAUGUAUAUGUAUAUGUAUAUGAUCCUUAUGUGCACUGCGUUGAAGAGAGUGUAGUGAAAGUUUAAGUUAUUAUUUACACAGUUAUAUUGUGAAAACAAAACGCCAAUUUUAAGUCCAAUCAAGCAAAAUCGUCACUUAUCUUUGAUAACUAAAGACAGAUAAGAACUGUAAAUUGUUUCGUGUAAUCGUGAGCGUAGAGAGUAGUGGUAAGAAGCUAAAACUACUAAAUUUAUUUAUACUUACUGAUAUAUACAACUACGAUAUAUCGUAUAUGCAUAAAUGUCACUAUUGAAUAACGGAAACAAAAUAUAGUUGUAGUAUGAACAAAGUUUAAAAACAAAAACAAAGCAAAAAACAAAAAAAAAAAACAAA